AUGGAAGAGGAGAACAUGUCGGCCGGGGGCGUGGACAGGGUCGCCGAGGCACCCAGCAUUGAGCUCAAGAUCACAGCCCUCAUCCAGGCCACUGCCAAACUUAUCUCCAUCGGUUACAGCUACAUUAGCGGGGUCUAUCGCUCGCCAAAAACCCUACACGAGCUUGUCGAUGAGCUCCAUGCACUCAGCAAAAUCCUUGUUAUUCUCAGAGACCAUGCCGAUAGCGCUGGGACAGGUGGUAGGGCGAGCUUGGGAGACCUUCUUGGAAGAUAUGGUUUACUCGAGAAAUGCAGCAACGACUUGGACGAUCUUUGCAAGAGUAUCGAGCCAGAUGGAGGGUACAUGGGCGUGAUUUAUGGCCUGGAAUGGCCAAUGGGAGAUGCCAGGACAUCGGAAUAUAUCCUGGCAAUGGGGAGACUUCGAAGCUUCUUCAAGUGUGCUCUUCUCAGGAAUGACAGCGCUAUUUUAGCAAACCUCUCGGCCCAUAUCAAGAGACAAGAAGGUUUAAUUCUAGAGAUGGCGAAUGAUGAGGAUGAUCAAGGGCAGACGCCACUAGAAAUUGCAUUUCUCAUCGACUAUGGCGCAAGCACGACGAUUCAAUACGUGGACAUGUCGCCGCUGUUCUUUGCAAUAUUCCAUGGGCUCAAGGACAUAGCAGUAUUACUUAUAGAACAUAGCCCACCAAGUGUUAUCUCGGGGAUAAAUACCCGUUAUAAUAGUACACCUUUACAUAAGGCAUUGCGCAAAUCGGGGUUUGAGGAUGUCGUACGCCUACUUUUGGACAAGGGAGCAGAUGUCUCGAUACGCUCUUUCAUCGGCACCCCAGCGCACCUGGCGGCAUCUGAACCUAGCGAGCAAAACUUGCGCCUUCUCCUAGAUAAGGGCGUGGAUAUAUCAGCCGCUGGCCGCAGGGGCAACACGCUACUCCACGAAGCAGUAAGAGGAGGCCAGGAAGGAAAUGUAAAGUUGCUUCUGUCUAGGGGUGCCGAUGUGUCGGCUCAAAACAGGCAUCGCGAUACACCGCUUCAUCGAGCGGUAUAUUAUGGUAACGAGGUAAUUAUAAAACUGUUAUUGGAUAGCGGCGCAAAUGUGUCUAUUAAAAACUACAAUGGCCUCAAGCCGUUCGAAAUGGAGCCCGUGAUAGGGGUGGAUGAGGACAGUGAAGGUAUCGAAUGA